CAACUUCGGAUCUGUGGGUUCCAGUAUAUCUAAUAGCCUAAGGCUAAAGAUGAUGGCUGCCAAGUGUUGGGCCAGCACGCCCUGGAUUCUAAUGGCCACAAGCAGCCCUUUGAUCACUGCUGAUCCCACUGCGCGACUCGAUGUGCCUUCGUGCCGCGCGCUUCUGUUUCUUCUCCUGUUUCUUCUCAACCACAAAAUUCAGAAUUUCGUUGCAAUGCCCACUUUUACACCUAUAAACGCGCAGGAGGUUGCAGAGGCACAGCCUGGAGACGUUGGCGACAAGGCGGCUGUGGGCGUUCCUCACGCGCAUUGUCGAGCAGCAGGUCCGGGACUGCAUUGGAGAGCUACAGUGACUGCAUUGCGGCUGUGGAAUAAAGGACCUAUCGCCGAAGCACUGGCUAAACUUGAGGAGCUUUCGACGUCACCACUCAUAUCGAUGCAGCAGGACAGCCAUAUCGAGACCGAAUGUGACGCAUACUGCAACGAGUAUGGUGGUAUCACGAUGAGCAGGCUUCGGUCACUGGUAUUCAGGGGGAUAGGGUCGCUGGUGAUUCAGACAGCUAGUCGGGCGAAACAUGGAUUAGUCUUUCAGAACGUGGGCACACCGCGGUUUGAGAUCACCGACUAUGAGCUCGAGCCAGAGCUGGCAGAGGCAGCACACAAAGCGGUGGCAUCCAUUACAACGGCCAUUAGGUUUAGCCAGGCCGAGACGACGACAUAUCUCCUGCUAGCACACAGCGCAAUUCUGGCCGGGUGCCUUGACAUUGCUACCUCGGCUCUCAGCAGUGGCUUGCAGGCGUCCAGUGGCCCAGUAAUGCUUCCGGAACUGCAGGCCCGAGGGCUUGUUUGCAGCAUGGAUGUCGCUGGUGCACUGGUGCGGCAACUGCACAGUCCAGCGCAAUGGUGGUGUUUGAAGACGUUGUGUCAAGUUGCUCUUCUGAAGGGCGAUUCUGACAUGGUCGAAGCGUAUAGCGGCGCUGUUUCAGGACGCUGGCGUCGCCGCCGACAGUAUUCCUCUAUGUGCUGAAGACCUGGGCAAGAUCCGUCCUGCACCACUCCAGCUUCCGCCUGCACCACUGUUCAGCACUUUGCAUUCCAUACAGCGGUACACAUCAGAUGAAUCAGCGAAUACACUGCCUGAGACCGUGUCGCUCAGAUCUGGUGGAUGGAUCCG